AACUUUCUUGUUCUUGUUAGUAACCAAAUAAUAUAUAUAUAUAUAUAUAUAUAUUUGAGUCAUAAUAACACUGUAAUGUAUAUAAGGCAGUAUUGAAUUUGAAUUGAUUUGAUUUCAUAUGGUUUUGUUAUCUUAGGCCUUUGAGAUGUCGUGGAAUUAGUCACUUAUCAUCGACUUGUCGACACUUAUUUAAGUAUGCAAAGUACUAUCACAUGUUCUUAAUUUGUGAACUAUAUGCAUUAUUUUUUUUUAAUUUUUUUUUCUGAUUUUUGUCUUCAAUCUUAUCUACCAACCAAAUUUAGUUGACAUGUUGAGAUAGAAUAAUAAUAAUAGAUGCAAGUGUAAGUUUGUCGAGGUUCAUCUUUCUUCAUUUUAUUGUGGUUAGAGAAUGAUUUUCAAAAAUAUAAAUUAUAGAAAAAAGAAAGAAAGAAAGAAGGCUGAUCAUGUAAAUUCUGUGUUACUUGCAGUUGUCCUUCCAGACGAUAUAGGAGCAUGUCAUUUGUGAAUUCAGUAGGAAUAAAUCCUUCAAUCAUGUCCAUACAAGAAGUACUGGUGUUUCUUCUCUAAAUGUGAUUGCAUGGAGCUCUUAAGUGAGACUGAAAGAGAGAGAUCCAUUGUAUUUGUACACGGGAAAACAAAAUCCCAUUAAAGUUCACAUCCCAAAUAUUAAAAUGCAUGUUGGAAUCUUUCAGAAUAGAUAGUAUGAUAUAGAUGCUAAAACUGAACAAAUGCGAAUUUAAGUGUCUUUUUUUUUUUCAGUUGUUUUCUCUCAUUUCAUAUUUCAUAUUUCUCUUUUUUUAUAUAUUUUUUUAAUCUCUCUCGCUCUCAGCACUCUCCAUCAACACUAUCAAUCUCUGCUACAAUUUCUUCGAUUUCCUCUGCUACAAACAAGCUGAAAUUUUGAUUUUCUCUGCUUGUAGCUAUGUAUAUAUGAAUCACACUCUGCUAAGCCUCUGCAUUUCUGUGAUUUUCAGCUAAUCACUCUCCGCAAAUCAUGUUUUUUCAUCUGUUGUUUUUCAAAUCAGUUUUGAGACAAAAAUCUAAUGAAUCUUUCCUUAAUUUGUUAAAACCCCUAACUUUUUCCUCUCUAGUUUCAGCUCAAUCAUUGUCAUCUUCUUCAUCAGUGCCGUUUCGAAACAGGUACUUCCUCUUUCUAUUCAUUUUGAUUCUGAUUUUGUAAUGACCGAAAUGACUAACAAUUUUUUUUUGCUUCGAUCGAGGUUGAAUUUUAUUUGAUACAGCUUAUCUUGAUUUUGAUGUUCAGUCAAGCUCAAUCUCAAUUCUAAUCUAUCUAAGUCAAGGUUCCAUUGGAUGCAUAUAUGGAGUUUGUAUUCUCUGAGAGGGAAGAUGCCGGAACUUUUGACAACAAAGGCGGUUUGGAUUAUCGAAUACCUGUUUUUGGAGGAAUUGUGCAAGAGCCACCGAUGAACAUUGUGCAUAUUGCUGUUGAGAUGGGGCCUACUGUAAAGGUGAAGGAUAUUCAUUACCAAAGAGGCUAUUCUUGGGGUGGCACUGAAGUUAAAGUUUGGUUUGGAAAAGUGGAAGGCCUUUCAGUUUAUUUUGUGGAGCCAGAAAACGGAUUCUUUUGGACAGGUUGUGUUUAUGGUUGCAGAAAAGAUGCAGAAAGGUUUGGUUUCUUUUGUCAUGCUGCUCUCGAAUUUCUACACCAAGGUGGAUUUCACCCUGUUUCAGAUGCAUCGAAUUCAUUGGGAUUACUAUGUGCCAAUAACUAAAGAAAUAUGGAAGCUUUGAGGAUGAUGCUAUUGCAUUAUUGAUAAUAAUUGGUAAUUUGACAACUUUUUGAUGUUUGGGUAGUUUUGGUAAUUGUAAUGGGAUUGGUAUCAGGACGCAAUUUGCCUUUGAUGGUUACCUGAUGUUCUUAAUAGCUUGUAGACAUUGACAUUGCUAGUGAAUUUUGCUGAUUUUAAUACUUAUGAAUCAUGAUAUUGUCACUUUACUGAUAUAAAAUUUGUGAGGUCUCUGUCUGAGUUUAACCAAACUUUGAAUACUUCAAGUGUUUUGCACAUGUCAGUUAAUUAUUAUUCUGUUAUCAGGAAAGCAAAAUUUGGGAAAUAAAUAAUCUAAAAAUGUUCUUUUGCCAGAAAUUGCAAAAGUGACUUGCAGACUUUCAUUUCUCAGACCUGUGUUCUCUAUUAAUUGGUAUGAAUUAUUUUUUAAUUUUAUUGGUUACAAAGAUUAGAAAUAUGAAAAUUAUUUAAAAAAACUAAAACUUUUAAGGAUGAUUUUAAGUGUCAAUAUAGCUCACUAAAUAAUAUAAAAAUU